AACUGUUUUGCUAAUAACCGAAAUAUGAAAUAUACUGUGACCCAAAAUGUUGUUCUAUGCCGUUUAAUUACUUUUUCUUACUGUUAUUUAUUUCACUUAGAGUGCAAGUAGAUGCGUAGCAAUACAAUAACAACAGUAUUCAAAUUAUAAUAAUUUAAUUCAAUAUAAGACACAGAGUAAUAUCAUAUGUAAAUUUUCUGUCAAACAUUGUGAAUUAUAUGUAAUAGGGAAUGUUUACAAACUAAGAACAAUAUCUGUGAAUUUAAAAAUGUUCUGCCUAAAAAACACUCAAGAGUUCAAUGUUAACUCAAGAGUUUAAUAGUUUUCCUAUAUCCUUAAAGUUCAAGUGCAUACCAUAUAACAGCGAUAGCAAAUUGUUACCGAUAACUGCUGUGCUUGUUUACGAUAUUAUUUACCUAUUCUAAUUGCCAAGCAGUGAUAAAUCAAAGAGUAGGGCAACCACCGUUAGAACUAUAUUAACCCUGCUCGUAUGCCAUUGGUCAGCAAAGAUAAUGUAACGAUGACGUAGGUACACUUCCGGUGAUGACGUACAACACACUUCCGGGUUCCGAUUUGCGGAAUUGUAGCUCGUUCUAAAUAGAAUUGUAUCGAUUAACAAAUUUUGCAUGUUUCGCUGUAAUCGUACUGAUACGUAUUUUGUAAUUUUGAAAGAUUGUAUUAUUAAAUAUUUUCCAAUGGGUAAAGGUCGAAAAAAACGUUUUCAACAUAAGCGGGGUAAUGCGACUAGUUCAGAUAACCAAAGGAAGGAAAGAGAACCUGCUCAAGCUUAUAAAGAUAUUAUAAAAGAGAAUGUGAAUUUUGAAAAGUAUUAUAUGACCCAAGGAAUUGUACCACCUGAAGAAUGGGAAAAUUUCAUGAAAGUUUUGAGGGAAAGUCUUCCUGCAACUUUUCGAAUAACUGGUUACAGAGGACAAGCAAAAGCACUUCUAAAUAUUAUUAAAGGAAAGUAUUUUGAAGAUCUUCUUAAAAUAAAAAGCAAUGAGACUGAUUCAUGGAAACCUUUUAGUUUGCCUUGGUAUCCUGCUGAUUUAGCAUGGCAAAUGAAAUUGUCCCGUGUUACAAUCCGAUCUUCUGAAGGUUUUAGGCAGUUGCACAAUUUUCUCGUUUCGGAAACAGAAACAGGAAAUAUUAGUAGGCAAGAAACUGUAAGCAUGAUACCUCCACUCUUACUUGAUGUACAGCCUCAUCAUAAGGUCUUAGAUAUGUGUGCUGCUCCAGGAUCUAAAACGGCUCAACUUAUUGAAUUUCUACAUAGUGAUGAAGGAAAGAUUCCAGAUGGUUUAAUUGUUGCAAAUGAUCUUGAUAACAGACGAUGUUACAUGCUUGUUCAUCAAGCUAAACGGCUGAAUAGCCCAUGUCUUCUCAUUACAAAUAAUGAUGCUGCGAAUUUCCCCAACAUUAGAAUCAAGGAAGUGA